CUCGGCGCAGGACCGCGGCGCGACGAGACAUGUCCGCGGGAUUGUGAGAAACUUGUUCAGAUGACAGAAGUUAGACUAAGAGACAACAUGGUCAACUGCAUCUUCAUCUGCAUUUCCUGCUCAUAAACACCACAUUUGAGAGCUGUACUGCUACUGAGGCCGGCUGAAUGUCUGCCAUGUUUCCUGAUGCCUUGGAAGCAGCAGGGCGUGUGGAGGGCCUGCCUCUGUCCUCCCCACAACCUCUUCCAGAGAUCGAGGAGGAGGAAUCAGGCGAGAGGGGGCCAAAGAGAAGAGGCCGCUACCGGCAAAGCCUGCAGAUUCUUAAGCCCUUCAGGAUAACACACAAGCACCAGCACCCAGUCGAUAAUGCCGGCCUCUUCUCAUUUAUGACUCUUCACUGGCUCUCCCCGCUGGCACUGAAAGCCUACAGGGCGUCCAGCUUGUCUAUAGAUGAUGUUUGGGGACUGUCUUGCCACGAAGCUUCUGAAAUCAACUGCCAAAGGCUCGAAACUUUGUGGCAUGAUGAGCUCAAAAGACGAGGGAGAGAAGGGGCGUCGCUGACGAGAGUCUUCUGGAGGUUCUGCCAAACCCGCAUGUUGGUCGCCAUCUUUUCCCUCCUCCUAACAAUGGUGGCAGGCUUCGUUGGGCCGGCUCUCCUGGUGCGAGCUCUGCUGGAGUAUUCCCAGAGCUCAGUGAGCCACGUGCUGUACGGCCUGUCUCUGGUAGCCGGGAUCUUCCUCAUGGAGUUGAUGCGCUCCUGGUCUCUGGCGCUCAUGUGGGCCGUCAACUACCGCACUGCUGCACGCCUUCGAGGGGCAGCUCUCACUUUUGCCUUCAAUAAGAUCCUCCGCCUACGCAGCACUAAAGACAUCGGUCCAGGAGAGCUGAUCAACAUCUGCUCCAGUGACGGCCAGCGGCUGCAUGACGCGGUAUCAGUGGGCUGCCUGCUGGCUGGGGGGCCCCUGGUGGGGAUACUGGGUCUGUCCUACACUGCAUACUUCCUGGGCCCCACUGCUCUAGUAGGGUCGGCCGUUUUCAUCCUCUUCUACCCUGUCAUGAUGCUUGCCUCGAGAUUGACAGCAUAUUUCCGCAAGAAGUGUCUAGUGGUGACUGACCGACGCGUGAGGCUGAUGAACGAGAUCUUGGGCUGCAUAAAGUUCAUCAAGAUGUAUUGUUGGGAAGACGCCUUUGCUCAGAAUAUUCACAAGGUGAGAUCAGAAGAGAGGGGGAUAUUGGAGAGAGCUGGCGUCGUCCAGAGCCUCACAGUGGGCGUGGCUCCCAUCAUCGUGGUGAUAGCAAGCGCGUGCACUUUCACCCUGCAUAUGGCUUUGGGUUAUGACCUUACUGCAGCUGAGGCUUUCACCGUGGUUGCAGUCUUCAACUCCAUGACGUUUGCCCUGAAAGUCACACCCGUGGCUGUGAGAUCGCUCUCUGAGGGUGCUGUCGCAGUCAGUCGAUUUCAGAGGCUCUUUAUGAUGGAUGACAGAGAGGUGGUAUUGGUCAAAAUAGAUGAUCCCGGCAAUGCAGUGGAAUUUCAGGACGCCACACUAGCUUGGGAAAAGGCUCGACCUCCAUCUGCAAAACCCACCCAGCCCCCCAAGAAGGGAAGAGGGAUGAAGCGCGUGCUGCGCAGGGAGAAACUUAAACUUUACAUCUCCACUGACGACGGCAAAGGAAACAAGGAAAGUCCCACCGCGCAAAGUCUCCUCACAAAUAUGGAGCAGGAGAGCCCACAAAGCACCAUCUCCUCCACUCAAAGCAUGCGACCUCCAUUGCAUAAGACCUUGCACCGCAUUGACCUACGCGUUAAGACGGGUUCACUGGUUGGCAUCUGUGGAGGUGUGGGUAGUGGAAAAAGCUCUCUUCUGUCAGCUCUACUGGGACAGAUGACUCUAUUAGAAGGAAAUGUAGCAGCCAGUGGCGGCUUUGCUUAUGUCUCACAACAAGCCUGGAUCCUUAAUCACUCACUAAAGGAGAACAUCCUUUUUGGAAAUGAGUUCAACCAAGACAAUUAUCAUGCUGUGCUGGAGGCCUGCUGUCUUCUCCCAGAUCUGGCAGAACUUCCAUGUGGAGACAUGACUGAGAUUGGAGAGAGAGGUGCCAACCUGAGUGGAGGGCAGCGUCAGAGAGUUAGCCUGGCUCGUGCUCUCUACAGUAAACGGCCCAUACUUCUCCUAGAUGACCCUCUCAGUGCUGUUGAUGCUUGUGUGGGCCACCAUGUCUUCCAUAAAGCUAUAAGGGGUAUCGCCAAAGGCAAAACCAUUCUCUUUGUUACCCAUCAACUGCAGUAUCUUUCUGAGUCUGACCAUGUCAUUCUGAUGAAGGAUGGGCAGAUUUCCGAGAGCGGCACCCAUGCUCAGCUAAUGGCCAAAGAGCGUGACUAUGCCACCCUGUUCAACAGCAUGCAACAGGAGAAUCUGGUGAAAGAGAAUUUAAAAAACGAACAGAAGAGUGUGGUUGCAGAAAAGACUGACAAUGCUGCGUAUGUCUCCAAAGUUGGACCAAAGGUGGAGAGCAACAAAGGAAAUCAACUGAUGAAAGCUGAAGAGAAAGGCUCAGGUGCAGUCGCCUGGUCUGUGUACGGUGCCUACAUCAAAGCAGCAGGAGGGCUAAUCAUCUUCAUCAUCAACAUCUUCCUCUUCCUCUCCACCACAGGCAGCAUAGCCUUCAGUAACUGGUGGCUGAGUCACUGGAUCAAGCAGGGCAGUGGGAACACAUCAUCAAUCUUGGUGAAUGAAACAAUGGCGAGCAGCAGCAUGAGACUCAACCCGCACAUUCAGUAUUAUUCUGGUGUUUACAUUGCAUCAGUGGGAGCUGCUUUACUGCUGAAGACAAUGAGGGGCCUGGUGUUUGUGAAGUGCACCGUGAAGGCUUCCUCCGUGCUCCACGACAAGCUGUUCCGCAGGAUCCUGCUCAGCCCCAUGCACUUCUUUGAUACAACACCUCUGGGCCGCAUCCUGACCCGCUUCUCCAGGGACAUGGAUGAGGUUGACGUGCGUCUCACCAUGCAAGCUGAAAUGCUGCUGCAGAACCUGACCCUGGUGCUGUUUUGCUUGGGGAUGUUAGGCAUCGUCUUCCCCUGGUUCCUCAUCUCCAUCAUUCCUCUGGGAGCCUUCCUCUGCGUCGUCAACCGUGUCGCAAGGGUUUUGAUACGUGAACUGAAGCGCUUGGAGAACAUCAGCCAAUCACCAUUCACCUCUCACAUCACCAGCAGUCUGCAGGGACUCUCCACAAUCCACGCCUACGGAAGGGGGCAAGACUUCCUCCAAAGAUAUCAGGAAUUACUCGACACAAACCAGGCCUCAAACUACCUCUUCAGCUGUUCCAUGCGCUGGAUGGCUGUCCGCCUGGACCUCAUCAGCAUCUCGCUUAUCACUGCUGUAGCACUUCUUAUUGUCUUCAUGCACAAUCAGAUACCUCCAGCUUACGCAGGCCUGGCCAUUUCCUACGCAGUGCAGCUGACCGGCUUGUUUCAGUUCACGGUGCGUCUCCUCACAGAGACUGAAGCUCGGUUUACAUCAGUGGAGAGGAUCAAUCAUUAUAUAAAGACUCUGGAGAGAGAAGCACCUCGACAGAGUCCUGAGGCAGCCGCUCCUGCCCCCUCUUGGCCUCAGCAGGGAAAGAUCACCUUCCAGGAUGUGGACAUGCGUUAUCGUGAUGAUCUACCGCUUGUGCUUAAGAAUCUGUCCUUUACCAUUCUGCCUGAAGAGACCAUCGGCAUUGUGGGCCGCACAGGAUCAGGAAAGUCCUCCCUGGGUGUAGCUCUGUUCAGACUGGUGGAGCCGACAGGCGGCUCUAUAACCAUUGAUGGAAUCAAUAUUGCACAGAUUGGACUGGAUGACCUGCGGAGCAAGCUAGCCAUCAUUCCUCAGGAACCGGUGCUCUUUAUCGGAACAGUCAGGAGUAAUUUAGACCCGUGGGAUCACUACUCUGAUUCCCAGAUAUGGGACGCUCUUGAGGAGACACAUAUUAAAGAGAUGGUCAGCCAGCUUCCUCAUUCACUCCAAUCAGAGGUGACAGAGAACGGGGAGAACUUCUCAGUGGGAGAACGACAGCUUCUCUGUGUGGCCAGAGCCAUGCUGAGAAACAGCAAGAUUCUGAUUUUGGACGAGGCAACAGCAGCCAUCGACACUGAGACCGACCGUCUCAUUCAGGAGACCAUUAGCUCCGCCUUUGGCCGCUGCACCACCCUCAUCAUUGCCCAUCGUCUCAACACGGUGAUGAACUGCAGCAGGGUCAUGGUCCUGGACAACGGCCAGAUUUUGGAGUUUGACAGCCCCGCUGCGUUGCUAGCAGAUGAAAAGUCAAGAUUCAGAGCCAUGAUCGAAGCCUCAGAAAACCAAAGCAGAUAAUAGACACUGGAGAAGAACUCUGGAUAUGAGCGAUGACAAACACAAAAUAUCCAGGAGACACA